AUGACCCUUAAGGGUGGAACCACACAGGCCUGCGCUGCAUGCAAAUUUCAGAGAAGAAAGUGCACUCCUGAGUGUCUUCUUGCACCAUACUUCCCUGCAGACCAACCAAAAGUGUUCCUUAAUGUCCACAAGCUAUUUGGGGUGAGCAACAUUGUGAAAAUAUUAAAGGACGUGGAUCCUAGUCAGAAGAAGAAUGCUAUGGAGUCCAUCAUCGUUCAAGCUAGUUAUCGCGAUAAGUACCCGGUUCGUGGUUGCGUGGAAGAAAUUUGCAGGCUGCAAAACCAAAUUUGGCUGCACGAAGAAGAGCUUCAUGCUGUGUAUCAGCAGCUUGAGAUGUGCAGGCAACACCAACAGCAGCAGCACCAAGGGAUUCAUCACGUUGUUCCUGAUGAUCUUGCAUCACAGUUAGAGUUGGGAAUGGCGCCACGCGCUGCCAACAAUGCUCUUCCGCUGUUUAAUCACGCGCCACAGCCCCAGCAGCAGCAGCAACAGGUUUACAAUACUUCUGUGGCUGCUUUGCCUGUGUCACAGCAACAUUCAUAUUCCAACAGCAACAGUGUGGAUUAUAACUCCCUUUACAUUGAAUCCAAGGAAAACAACAAUAAUGGAACAAAUCCUUUGUGGGUACCUUAUGCAAAUAACAAUGGAAGUCCCAUAGCAAUGCAGUCUCAGAUGGUUACCUCACAGGCACUAUCCAUGCACCAAGAAGCUGCUGGGGAUUAUGAUGAGAUGCAUCCAUUUUUCGAAACGAUUGAUGAUAGGCAAUCAUAUAUUUAUUCCAAGGAGGCUUAUGAAUCAAGCUCAGAAGAAUCACUGAAAGAUUCAAGAAAGUGCACCGAGCACGUUGCUGAGAAUGAAUUGAAGAGUGCUGCCGCAUGCUUCAGCCUUACCAGUGUCAACUAA